AUGAGACUCUUUUGGCGACAGCUUUGGACCUUGACGGUCAAGGACUUACGGAUUAUUCUAUUUCGGAAAUGGAUAUGGACUCCUCUUCGCGCUUUUGUCCUGCCACUCCUUUUUGUCGUCUUUCUAUGCUAUACAAAGAACCUCUUCUUUCCACCUUCGACGUACGGUAUCGGAGAACCUCUUGCUAUUCGAACGCUUCCUCAGGCUAUCAGUGCCGUAACCGGACACCGUGAUCGCAUGGUUUUUGUCAACAACGGCUUCACGGGAGGCGACAUCGAUAAAGUCAUUUCCAAAGUCACCGGGCCCCUUCACGAUUCAAACAUCAAGAUCAAGACUGUCAAGAGCGAGAGAGAUCUGCGGGUUCUCUGCAGUACUUCUGGCCAGGGCUCUUCGCCUUGCGUAGCUGCAGUAGUCUUCCACUCUUCGCCUUCUGAAGGAGAAUGGGGCGUUUGGAACUACACCCUCCAGACCGACGGCUCUCUCGGCGGGUCUGGCAUCAAUAUUGACAAGUCGGAUAAUGAUGCUCAAGUUUACAGCCUCCCGCUGCAGCACGCCAUCGACUUUGCUAUUGGCAGCAUUAACUCAACCGUUUCCGAAGACACUCUGUCCACCAAAGUCCUUGAAUACCCCUUCACGAGCCGAUCGAACAAGGAGCAGAAAACAUUUAUUGAUGAACAAUAUAUGAAAAACAUCAUCUCAAUUCUCGCCAUUCUCUUCUACCUCGCCUUGAUCGGUGUUCUCUACCAGCUCGCUGGAGUCAUGGCCACCGAGCGAGAGCUAGGCAUGGCACAACUUCUCGAUACCAUGAUGCCUAACGAAGCAACAUGGCAGCCUCAGGCUGUUCGUCUCUUCGCUCAUUAUCUUGCCUUUGUCAUCCUUUAUGGCCCGGGUUGGAUUGCCAUGGGUGCUGUCAUGGGCGGAAUGGCGUUCAGAAAGACCACGAUUAUCAUCCCCAUCCUCUCCAUGAUUCUCUGUGGGCUUUCUUUGACUGGUUUUACCAUUUUUAUCGGAAGCUUCUUUCGAAAAGCACAACUGAGUGGAAUCACUUCCGUCCUUAUCGGCCUUGUCUUUGCCAUCUUAGCUCAAGUCUCGGGCAACGUUCAGACUUGGCUGGUGGUCAUCUUGUCGCUCCUUUUUCCUCCUAUGAACUUUAUCUUCCUCAUCGUGCUCAUGGCACGAUGGGAGAAACAUGGCAAGGGCGCAAGUUUUGUCGGAUCAGCCCCAGACUCCAAUUCCACCAACCCCGUCAUUGUCUUCUGGCUGUUUGCCAUCAUCCACGCCUUCGUCUACCCUCUGCUUGGCGCCUUUGUUGAGAGGGCACUUUUUGGAGCGACUUCAGCGAAUCGCAAAAUUGGUCCGCCCAACUCUCCGGUGGCGGUUCGACUCGACAAGUUUACAAAGACCUAUGAGCCACGACUCAUGCAACGAUUCCUGUCAGGAUUCAUAAAGAGGCCGCUAAACUCCGUGCACGCUGUUCGGGGCCUCAACCUUGAGGCCUUUAGAGGAGAGAUUAUGGUCCUUCUCGGCGCUAAUGGUAGCGGCAAAUCAACAACUCUGGACGCCAUUGCCGGCAUGCAUUCUGCUUCCGACGGCGAAAUAUCACUGAGCUACGAGAUGAGUGGCGGAAAACUUGGGUACUGCCCCCAAAAGAAUGUCCUCUGGGAUGAACUCACCGUCGAGGAACACAUCCACAUCUUUGACGGCAUCAAGAACACCAGAGGACGCUCUUCGGCAACCCACAUCAAGAGGCUGAUUGAAGGGUGCGACCUGUCCAAGAAAAAGUCAACAUGCGCCAAGGCUCUUUCCGGUGGUCAGAAACGCAAGCUGCAGCUCGCUCUGAUGCUGGUCGGUGACUCUACAGUCUGUUGCGUCGAUGAGGUUUCUUCCGGUGUCGAUCCUCUUUCUCGAAGGAAACUCUGGGAUAUUCUGCUUGCGCAACGUGGCCGACGGACGAUUCUUCUUACGACUCACUUCCUGGACGAGGCCGACUUGUUGGCUGAUCGACUUGCAAUCCUCUCUCAUGGUUCACUCAAGGCAAGUGGCACUUCGGUUGAGUUGAAGCAAACCCUGGGCUUGGGGUAUCGCAUCCACGUCUACCAUCCGCCCGGCUCGGCCGAACAUCAAGUCUAUGGCGACGAACUCCAUACGAAGCAGGAUGAAGAGACGGUCUAUCUGUCUGGAAGUUCUGAAAACACUUGUCGUCUCUUGCGGAGAUUGGAGGCAGACGGUGUCACCGAGUAUCAAGUGGAUGGCCCAACGCUCGAAGAUGUCUUUCUGAAGAUUGCAGAUGAAGACUCUCCAAAGCCAGCUCGAAAGUCCCGGAGAAGCCGCAGUCAUCAACGAGAUAUCUCUGGUGACUCAUCAACUUCCCUAGUACGGUCAUCACGCAAGGGGUCAUCGAUCCAAAACCUCCUGACCGGGAAACGAACGAGCAUCUUUACUCAAGCCAAGGUGCUCUUCUCCAAAAGAUUUGCCAUCUUCCGCAGAAACCCAAUGCCAUACUUGGUAGCCAUUGCCAUACCCAUCAUCGCUGCAGGCUGUGCUUCAAUCUUUAUUGGUGGACUUGGUGCAACGAGCUGUGACCCAAGCAUCGAAUCGCUCAAGUCAAGUCAAGACUCGACAUCCCCGCAAUCCUACCGAAUUGUCGCCGGCCCGGAAGAUCAGCUCUCAGACGCUGCAAUGGAUACGAUCAGAAAGAGUCCCGAAGGAUCUGUGACCCUCGUCGACACCCUUGACCAGUUCCACCAGGAGGUCCAGAAACAGUACGCCAACCUCACACCGGGAGGUUUCUUCUUGGGAGAUGAACCGACGUUUGCCUGGCGUGCAGAUGGACCUCUGGUAUUUGGACACACUGUUCAAAACUUGAUCGAUAUCGAACUCCUCAACGUCAGCAUCUCGAGCAAUUACAAGGUUCUCGCGGUUCCAUAUUCUGGAAGCAUUGGAGACCUGUUCAUCUUUUCAACCAUCUUUGCUUUAGCCAUGGCCGUGUACCCGGCGUUUCUUGGAUUGUAUCCAACAUUUGAAAGGCUUCGAGGUAUCAGAGCGAUGCACUACAACAAUGGAGUACAUGCGCUGUCUUUAUGGCUGGCAUAUCUUGCAUUUGACUUCCUGGUGACGCUGUUGGUCAGCACGGUAGCCACAAUCAUCUUUGCAGCCAUGUCAAGAGUUUGGUACCAUCUCGAGUAUCUCUUCACCAUUCUGCUUCUCUACGGAAUCACUUCAACACUCUUCUCUUAUGUGUUAUCGUUAAGAGCCAAGUCUCAGCUGGCCGUUUUUGCCAUUUCAGCGGGAAUCCAAGUGCUGCUCUACCUGAUCUUUUUCAUCGCCAACACCACAACUUUCACGUUUCAGGAUCCGGCAGACCAGAGCUUCAUUUUAAACAUCAUCUUCUAUGUCAUGGGUGCCGUGUCGCCUGUAGCCAGCUUGGGUCGCUCGAUUUACUUGUCCAUCAACUUGUGGGGGAUUUCUUGUCAGGGAAGAGACUUUGCGUCGUACCCUGGGGCUAUCGACGUGUAUGGGGGACCUAUACUCUACCUUAUCAUUCAAUCUCUUGUACUUUUGGCCAUCCUGAUCUGGAACGACUUGGGCUUCAGUCUCCACUUCCCACGGCCACAAUCAAAGCCCAACAGCAGAGAUGGUGACCCUAUUGAGCUCGAGCUGGGAUCACGACGCAACGGAACCUCGACGAUUAAGGGCAACUGCCUAGAGGUCAUGGGCCUACAGAAGAAGUUCAAACGAGAAUUUGCUGUCCAAGACGUCAGUUUCGGAGUUCCCAAAGGCGAAUGCUUUGCCCUUCUCGGCCCGAACGGAGCAGGCAAGACGACCUGUCUCUCCAUGAUCCAAGGUGAUCUUCCGCCUAGUAACCGCGAUGCCGAAAUCUCUGUCGAUGGCAUUUCGAUGAUCAAACACCUUGCUCAAGCUAGGUCGAAGCUGGGAGUUUGUCCACAGAUUGAUCCACUGGACACCAUGACGGUUGGCGAGCACUUGCGUUUUUACGCUGAGAUUCGCGGAAUCAGCAACCCCAAUCACAACAUUGACAUCAUUCUGGAUGGUCUUGGCAUUCGUCAGUAUGUGGACAGAAAGGCCACCAAGCUUUCGGGCGGAAACAAGAGAAAGCUAGCAUUGGGCAUUGCGUUGAUGGGCAAUCCGACUGUGUUGCUGCUUGACGAGCCCUCGUCAGGAAUGGAUGCCUUGAGCAAACGUUUGAUGUGGCGGAAACUUGCUUCCGUGAUACCAGGAAGAGCUCUCGUUCUUACAACUCAUUCGAUGGAAGAGGCCAACGCUCUCGCAAGUCGAGCCGGCAUCCUAGCCAAGCGGAUGCUCGCCCAAGGCACUACGAAAGAGUUGAAGAUGCGAUACGGCGACGGCUACUCGGUACACCUGGCUCACCGCAACGCACCAAACACCAAUCAAGUCGACAUGGAGGAUAUCUAUGAUUGGGUCCACGGACAGUUCCGCAAUUUGAAGAGUGUGGACACGGACUCUAUGCAUCACGGGCAGAUGAAGUUUGAGAUUUCCCUGGGUAGGGAUGAUGCCGGUCUUUCAUUAGCAGACGUGCUAGAGAAGAUUGAGAUGGCCAAGAGCAGACUUGGGAUCGAGUACUAUAGUGUUAGUAGGGCUACUCUCGAUCAGGUCUUCUUUGGGGUUUUGGAGGAGAACCAGUGUGAUGAGGACAAUCGUUAA